GAUUUUGGCGAAACAAUUCGUCCAUUUAGGCCUCAACGCGAACAGUUGUCUGCACAAAAGUUCGACCAGUCUCUUCGGGGAUCUUCAAGAUCUUAAGAAAUUGCUGUUCGUGAAGGGCAGACACACAUCUUCCUCCCCAUGGAUAUUGGCAGAUGGGGGGAUAGCAGAGGAAGGUUCCUCCUACGCUACAUUCUUUUAGUCUUCUGUCUCCUGAACCACGCAGCUUCUACAGAAGACAGCUUUCCUCCUGUACUUGAAAAUCAGGAUCUAAAAAACGAAUCUCCAGAGUCAAUUAACAAGCUUCAUCCCUCCUACGAUCAGGAAGAUUACAAAAGAGCUAGUUCUUUCUUUCCGCUGAGAGGCAAAAAAAAUCCCUUUGAUGAAUCUAUUUACUCUGAACUCGAAGAAAGUGAAGAUAAGCGCAGUCAAUUUUUCCCUCUGAGAGGGAAAAAAGUCCCCGACGAUUACAAGCGGGCAAGUUACUUUAUGCCCAUGAGAGGGAGAAAAGAUGGCAGUUGGACUGAUGAUUAUGAGGAUGAGUUUGACGACGAAAAAAGAGCAUCUUCUUUUAUGCCAAUGCGGGGCAAAAAGAGGUCAUCAGCGGUUGCAGACAUCUUUCCGCAACUCGGAAAGGCGGGUAUGUAUUUGAACAGUUUUGAUCAAGCUAUGCCUGCUCCCAUUUAUAAUAUAGGACCAGAUAAAAGGAUGUCAUCAUUUGUCCCCAGUAGAGGUAAAAGAUCACAGAAAGCCAGUGAAUCUGCAAAGAUCAACCAAGCAGAAUCAAACUCGUCAAUUCUUGAGGAAAGCGCUAACCAUCUCAGAAAUAAGAGGUCUGUAUCUUUCAUGCCAAUGCGAGGAAGAAGCCUGGAAAGUGGAUUUGGUGGAGGAGAAAUCAAGACGAGUAUAUUGGAAAAGAAAAAGCACUCGUUCAUGCCCAUGAGAGGGCACAGAGAACCUUAUUCCGAAGACACCAACAGCAGUUUCUCAGAUAGUUUGGAAGAGGAUGAUGAUCUGUCUAUGUCGGAUAAGAGGGCUUCUUAUUUUAUGCCAAUGAGAGGAAGAAGUGACAACAGCAUCAUGGAUGAAAUAGACACUGGCAAUAAGAGAGUUCAGUCCUUUAUGCCAAUGAGAGGGAGAAGUGACAGCAGCCUCUUGGAUGAAAUAGACACUGAGGAUAAACGAGCUCAGUCUUUUAUGCCAAUGAGAGGUCGGCGAUUGGCCUAUACGGAAAGACUUGAAGACAAGCGAGCAAAUUAUUUUAUGCCAAUGAGAGGCAAGAAACAAUGGUUAGACGUGUCAGGAAGCGAUGGCUCAGACGAAACUGAUUUCGACUCUUUCGACAAAAAGGCAUCUUCUUUUACUUUAAUGAGGGGCCGUCGAAUGGUGAACAGUGAAGACGAAAGUUUUUCAAACUCGAAACGUGUGACAUUUAUGCCGAUGCGAGGACGGAAAGAUCAAACUGAUACACAAAACAUUGAUUGGAAUACAGAUCAAUACAAAAGAUCAUCGUCUUUUAUGCCUAUGCGAGGACGAAGACACCCAGAAGAAGAAGACUACAGCAACGAGUUAGAUUUUCCCCAAAAUGGCGACAAAAGAGCCUCUUCUUUCAUGCCGAUGCGUGGAAGACGUCAGUUCUCAGAUUUCAGCGAUUCCAUUGGCUAUUACCAUCCAUAUCCCUUCUACAUUUCUGGAAUAGGGUCGUCGCUGAUGUCUCGAGGAUACGGAGAAAAGACCUUCCCCAUCAGCAGGAUCAUCAACCCCAAGAAGAAGGUCAGAAUCAACUGGGACUCGGUGAAAAGAGCUUUCCACGCAACACGGGGGAAAAGAAUGCACCACGGAGAAUCGGUUGAAGACAGCUCCAGAGAUCAAGACUUUCUGGGAAUGCCAGAACUGGUAAAUGAUGAAGUUUCUGCAGAAAACCAACAGGUGAAUACCAGAGUCAAAAGAAGUUUGAUACCUCAGCAAAUCUCUUUGCAGCCCCAGAAACAGUACAUAGCUCUGAAACGGCCGAUGUCAUUUUUUGCCACCAGAGGGAAGCGUUUCGACGGCUCAACAGUUACAUUUCCCAAGCUGCGUUAGAAAGAACUUUACAACUUUAAAUCUUUUGCUGUUGCCAAGAUGUGUUGUUAAUAAUGAUAAUAAGUUUAUUCGACGAUCCUUCUUCGGUAAGAAAAAACUGCAAAGACACAAUGUUUACAUCGGGAGAAGAGGUACCUUCUGGUAAUCCAAUGUAAUCUUCGGAGAUAUAGAACACUGGAAAUAAUGUAAUAUAAAUUGGACAAUAAAGUAUUCGAAUUUAAAACUUUUA